AUGCCCGCAACCGAUGGGUUCGGACCACGUUAUGUCAUCGGCUUCCCAUCCGGUAAAUCCCUCGACAAUCCGAUUGGUGCGAGGGCGACGGAACCGGAGCUUGUAUCACCAGCACCAGACCCAACGGCUGCGCGUGCGCAAACUCUGCCCCACCUCCCCUUCAAACGUAAUAUCUUUGGGGCGGGCGCCAAUAAGAAACCCGGAAAUGCAGCGCCGCAGGUCGGCAAGUAUCGCAGAUGGACCCAAGUCGGAAGAGGAGGAAGAAGUUCCAAUCAACUGACGAGGACAAAGUUCACACCGGAACUAUCUUGGUAA